AAUUUACUUUAUUUAUUUUCUUUGUUUAUUAAAUAAAGUCAUCGAAGGAGAAUAACAUUUAUGAUUGUAUCUUUCUUUUGGGCCUCGGCCGAGAACUUUUAUUAUUAAUUAAACGAACACUAUUUGUUAUAUGAACAUUUAUUUAAUUGCUUGCUGCUUUUUGUAUACCAAAAUAUCUUUUAUGAACUGGACAUAAUGCGUUGUAUUUCUCUGGUAUAAUAGCAAGUAGUGGGGGUCUCCUCUCGUUAUAUCGCCUUCUUCCAGCAAUAAGGCUAGCGUACUGUGAAUUGUAGUUCAUGUAGAUUGUAAUUGUAUGUCUAUAAACAAUAAUAAUUAUAAUUCUUCUUAUUGGAAAAUUGAAUGCUGAUUUCCAAUAUCAAAUUUAUUUAAUACAAAAUGGUACUGAAUGUCUUUAGGCGGGCUGUAACGUGUUAUCGUUACCCAUUACUUAACAAAACAGUGAGAUUUUAUGGUAUAUAUGAACCUCCGUAUUUAAAGAAAGUGUACGAGAUACCAAUUUAUCCUACUUUAAACAUACAGCUUAGAGGAUACACGUAUCCUUUAAUUGAGAAAUAUCAAAGUUUUGUUCAAAAACUUGCAGAUGCUUUGGACAUCACUGUUGAAAACACGUUUCCCUAUCCUCAUAGAGAAUUUAAGAUAAAAAGAUUUAAAAAAGGAGGUACAGUAGUUGAUAGUGAGUAUAAUGUAAAAAUUUAUGAAAGGGAUAUACAAGUUUCAGAUAUUACAGCCACAAAAUGUCCUAUUUUUAUUAGACUAUUAGAAGCAACUUUACCUGAAGGAGUUUCUAUGUGCAUUGAUAAAUAUGAUCCUUUAUUAAACAAUAAACGUUUCAUACCAGAUAAAGAAUUACUUGAUUUGAAAUCUGAAUUAAAUGAGAUACUUGUAAAUAGAGGAAAAUAAAAUUUAAGUGUAUAUAGAAUAGAAAGAAUUUAAUAGUUAGAACAGAUACAGUAAUAAAUAAUUUAUUUAACAAUUCAAUUUACAAAUAAUUUUUGUUACAUAAAAAAUAUAAGAAUGUCCAAGUAGUUAUUUAUGUAAAAGUGAACAGAUUUUUAAUAAGCAAUAACAGAUACUGCAAUUAAUAAUAAUAGAUAAUGUAAUUAAUAAAAAUUUUAUUGUAUCAAAAUUACAUACGGCAUAGGUGUAUACAUGUCAUUAUAAAAAAUUUAAAUAUAUGUAAAUACAAUUUUA